GUGCGGUCCCCCAGGUGUUCCUCACGGGCCCCCCAGGAACCGUGCAGAUCCCCGUCUCGGCAGUGCAGCUACACCCAAUGGUGAUUGGCCAGCAGUCGAGCGGCAGCAGCAGUAACCUGACGGAGCUGCAGGUGGUCAACCUGGACCAGAGCUCGAAGGGCGACUGACAGGCGGCGGCGGCGGGAGCUGCUGAACACGGCACACCCAGGGAKACACACACAAAUACACACAUCUCUAUUUAUUGUGAUGCCUUCCUACAAAAACAAACRAUCACUUUUCUGAAUGUGAUUUUUACACACAUAAAGAAACAAUCAAGGGCCUAUGUGUGGCAGAUUAUACAGUAUGAAGUAUGUUUUUUGGUAUAUAAAUAUAUAUAUAUUCGCAUAGGAGAUAUAUCACUAUCCUUGGAGCCUAUUUUCUAUGCUGUUAGAUGGUGUUAUUUUUGUGUGAGCGUGUAUUUUUCUCUUUAUUUUUUUAAUAUAACUACACAAACGCUGCAAGGUGCCACAGCUUCACACCAGCCAAAGAGACAUUUGUUUGUCUGAAUGUUCCAGUGUGAAAAAUGUGCACGAAAGCACGUGUCUGUGUGUACACAUAUCUUCCUUUGUGUUUUUGUAAACGGGCAGGGACAAUCUUACUGACCUACAGAGGAAAACAUAAGAGACGUUUGGAAAAUUGUAAAUAAAUUUUUUGAAGAGGAAAAAAAAUGUAUUUUUUAGUGCGGUUCAAUUUGUGCGUUGGCAUGUAGUGUUUUUUUUUUUUUUACCUUUUUUUUAAAAUGUACAUGGAAAUUGAUUUGCAUAAAACUUGUUUCUGUAAAUUAAUUUAAUACACAUCYUUUUGUUCACGCUGUCUGGGAGUUUUUCACUACAAGAUGGAGACAGAAAACAGAAUGUUUUCUUUGUUUUUUUGUUUUGUUUUUGUGUUUUUGUUGAAAGAAAUCAUGUAAAAACAUCAUGUAGCUGGAUGAUUUCAAGUCUGACAUGCUGUCGCGUUUCUGUUCAUGAGCUCUGGAUUCAGUUUUGCCCGUGCUCUUAUCUGGCACUUUAAAGCAAAAAUGACUAUCCCGUAAGUUAGCUUAAAAUCAUGAAAUGCUAUCUGAUCAGCCUGGGGUCGCAUUUCAUCUUGCGUCCAACUCCCGGGAGGACUACAGUCCCGUGAAACGUAUUAGAAAACUCCUUUUAAUGUGAAUCAGUUUUCAUAAAGCAUGAAUUUAUUGAGCUGUAAGCGCUUUUAGGCAAAAGUUACCCUGAUCUGUUUUUUGAUAUUAAACAUUUUUCUUUAAUUUAGCUAAACUAGCGAAACAUGUUAGCCCUACAACUCCUACUUUGUGUUUAACCUGAAGCAAAAGUCAUCAUUUUCUGUGCUGCAGYUAAAUUUUGUCCCUAAUAAAGCACUCUUAUUUAAAUCUGCAGAACUUAAUUGGGUUCUUAAUAAAUGUGACGUAAGCGCGGUGAAAUGUUAACAUUAGGACCUCGACUGCAAUCAAAUAAUGAGUAAUUACACCAAGAGCCUCUCCUCUGCACCYUAGUGCCUCUUAUCUGAUUCCUAAAGCAGUUUGACGACAGAAAUGUAGUUUUUAUUUUUUCCACAGCAGCUCYUCACAUCAUCCUCUGCUGCACCCAGAGUUGAGACACUCUCCUGGACUCAGAAUUAUCUGGAUGAUUGAGCGUUUUAACCUCCUCAUUGCUUGCCGCUCUGCAUCUGAUCUGCUUCUGUAAAGACAUUUUACUGAAAAACGUAAAAAAAAAAAUUUAAAAAGUUACGGACAUUCAGUGCUAUUUUUCUGGUUAUUAAAAAUGUUUAGAAAGAUCGAACAGAUUUUGUGGUUUUACCCCAUCGUUGAAAGAAAUGGUUAUUUUGUGUAUUUUUGUUUUAUUGUACAGACGUUUUGUAAUAAAAUGAUGAAAUCUGCUGGA